GUCGUUGAAACAACAUGGCCGGUGGAGCUCAUACUUUAGGUGCUCUAUUAAAAGGCUGGAAUAGGCUAGCAACGAGGGGGAGGAAGAUAGCGAGCGACAAAGUAAGAGAAUGGCAUCAAUGGCAUCAUCACCAAGCUUUCUCUACUACAACAAAUACAUAAGCAAAAGCAAAGCCCGAAUACUUCCACGCAUCGUCCUUUCUCAGUCCUCCCAGCUGCCCGACGAUAAACCCCACCACCAACUUCCUCGAAGGGAAAUCAUAUUGAGGAGCAGCGAAUUAGCUGUUAUAGGAGCCAUCUUCAGUUUCAGUGGGAAGAAACCAGAAUAUCUAGGAGUGCAGAAAAAUCCCCCAUCGCUUGCUCUUUGUCCUGCUACUAACAACUGUAUUUCAACCUCUGAGAAUGUCACUGAUCUCACCCACUACGCCCCUCCAUGGAAUUACAAUGGUGGGCGUAAUAGGAAAAAGCCAGUGAAUCGUGAAGUGGCAAUGGAAGAGCUUCUUCAAGUGAUAAAAUCAACGAAACCAGACAAGUAUACCCCCAAAAUCGUGGAGAAGAAAGACGAUUACGUGCGUGUUGAAUAUCAAAGUCCCAUACUAGGGCUUGUGGAUGAUGUGGAGUUCUGGUUUCCACCCGGUAAGGAUUCAAUCGUGGAGUACAGAUCCGCAUCAAGGAUCGGGAACUUUGAUUUUGACAUCAAUAGAAAAAGAAUUAAGGCAUUGCGAGUGGAGUUGGAAAAGAAAGGAUGGGCUUCCGUAGAAACGUUUUAAAAGGACAAAAACAUCAUUUUGUACUGUACUCCUUGAUUGUUGUUUCACACCACUGUUCACAGAUUUUGUUAUAAAUCAUCAAUGCAAGAUUUGUGUCA